AUGUCAACUACUAUACUCCGGAUAUUAUUUGAUUAUUAUGUCGGUAAUCCAGGAAAUAUACUGGGCAACUUUUCAACAAUAUCCAGUUCUGGCGUUCGUUUCAACGUGACUGCAAGUGAUUGUGCUGAAGAUUGUCGUUGUCUUGUUACCAGAGAUGACUUAAUGGACUGGAAUUUGAUUAAUCUAACACUAAUAGAGACAACAAGUUCUGGCGCAAUUGAAUACCAUAAUUUAGCUGGUUAUACAAAUUAUACAUUUACAGCGAAUUGUAGUCAAGGAAGUUCAAGUGAUAUAAGGAGUAUUUCAAUAAAAACCCUUGUUGGUGUACCAUCUGAGCCACAAAAUAUUCAAUUUAAAUCAGAAAAUGGGAUACUACUAUUUACAUGGGAGAAACCAGCAACUCCAAAUGGACCAAUUGACCAUUACUAUGUUACAGUAAAUAAUGAAAAGCACAAAAUUUUAUCAGAUGCCCCAUUGUCAUACGAAAUAUCGCCAAUUGUACCGAAUAAAAAAUACACAUUUUUAUUGGAAGCAUGUAAUAUUGAGGACGGAAACAAAACAGUCUGCUCAAAUUCAGUGUCACAAAUAUAUGAAGAAAUAGUUGAUAUAUUUACAACCAAACUACCAAAUAGUGCAAAUUAUUAUACAAAUAUAGACGUAUUAUUAUUACUCAUUCUGACGUUAUCAUCGUAUGUUACAUUCUAA